AUGGAGCGAUUCCUUCCAGACGGGCAAAAAUACUGCAUGAACUGCAAUACUUGGCGAAGGUUUAGGUUGUCCCGAUUUGGUUGUGUUUUUGCGUGCAGUUGUACUGGUGUGUUCAUGGACUUUCAAAAGGUUUUCCGUGAUUUUGUGACCGCAGUUGCCUUGGGAGAGAGAAUUGUUGAAUUUCUUCCCGUCAUCUCUGGACGUGUUGCAACCGAUCAUAUGAAAGUUGCCCAGGUUGAGUUAGACCUGAUAAAUAAAUGUAUUCAUCUGCAGAUCAUGAACACAACACCAGAGGAUGCUCUACAUAUUCUCAAAGGGUUGCCGCUGAGCUUGGAGCAAUGGACCAAAACUAGGGAAGGUAGUUUUCGCUUUCCCAUCGACGUUCUAGACAUGCUGGUCCACGAAUUGAGAAUGUUGUCAGGCACUAAGGGAAAUCGUCUUUACGUUAAUGAUCCCUCUAGUCGAUGUAGGGAAGUGGCUUUGGCUUCAAGGGUACCCAAUCCAUUUCAUUUAAGCGAGUUGUUACCAGCGAGAUUGCUUUCUGCAUUACAUCAACAUCAAAUUGAUGGAAUUUGUAAGGCUCUGGCAUUUUGUGGCCGUGCACUUUUUGCUGAUGAGAUGGGAGUAGGCAAGACACUUCAAGCGAUUGGAACCGUUGCGGCACUCCAUGCAUUUCCGACUCUUAUUGUGUGCCCAGCUGCGUUGCGUCAUAUGUGGGUAGAGGAGGUUGAAAGGUGGCUGGCGGAGCUGAUUGAACUGGAGGACAUUCACGUUAUCACCUCCUCGAGCCAAUUUCUUUCCGUAAAUGAUGCACCCAAGGUGGUCAUUACAAGUUAUCAUAUGGCUUCCAUACUUGCGACUCAAAUGAAGAGCCGUGAAUGGUGUUGCGUUGUUGUGGAUGAAAGCCACACCCUUCACACAACACUUGACGCAUCCAGUGAUGCCCAUUACACGUCUUUGGUGUGCGAUCUUGGAAAACGAUCAAAGUAUUGCUUGCUUCUUAGUGGAACGCCCUCAUUGGCAUCACCCUUUGAUCUUUUUAAUCAAAUUGAUACUCUCUCGGAUGGUUUGCUGGGUGAAACUAGGUAUGAAUUUGCGCUGCGGUACUGUCGAACAGAAUUCUCACCCCACUUUAAGGUCUGUGAAUGUGUACGUAAUGUGGAAUUACACUCUUUACUUGUCGCAACAUGCAUGAUCCGCCGUCUCAAGUCGGAAACACUUAUUGAUUUGCCUUCCAAGCAACGGAUUCUUUUUCGUGUUCCGGAGAAGCCGAUUCAUGGUCAGCGGAAAGAAAUGUAUUUUCAGAAGGAGUAUGCGCUUAGUUGGGAGAGUAAACGUGACGAAAUAAUGGAGCUUGUGGAUUUUCUUCUAAAAAAAUAUCCCAAAGUUGUUCUUUUUGCACAUCAUAUCAAAUUGCUGGAUUGUUUAAUGGUGCAUGUGGGUAAACUGAAAGUUUCGUGGAUUCGCAUCGAUGGGAACACUCCCAUUUACUCACGGGCGGCAUCCCUCUCACGGUUUAAUCAGGGCGAUGCUCGAGUUGCAAUUAUAGGCAUUACUGCCUGUGCCGUUGGAAUACAACUGACAGCUGCAUCGUGUGCCUUAUUUGCCGAGCUCCCGCCUGACGCGACGUGGAUGCAACAAGCAGAGGAUCGGCUGCAUCGUCCUGGACAAGAGAAACAUGUUGUUUUCUUUUACAUUGUGGGGGCAAAUUCAUUUUUUGAUAGUGAGCGUUUUGCACGGCUGUGCCGGUCAUUUCAUUCUGUUCGUCGCACCACCGAUGGAGUGCCUUCUUCUCUGACUGCAAGUUAUGCAAGUCACAUUGAGCCAUUUGGUGCUGAUAUCACGGAUACAAAUUUAUCCGUUGUGAAAAUCGCAAGCACUUCCUUUAAUCUUGCGGCCUCAACACCGCUUGUGUUCCGCAUUAGUUCCAACACAGGACGCAUCCACGUGAAACAAGGCGGGAAUUACUUAUUGAGUCUCUCUCUCGAUGAAGCGCAGCAGCACUGGCUUCUCACGGACGACUUCUCACAGGAGUUAAAAAAGUUUAUAUUAAAUGUGGAGUCCUUGUCGUUGGUUGAGCGUCGCCAACUG